AAUGAUGGAGAGAGGGAUGGUGCUCUGCCUACCAUGCUGCAAUGUGCUGGAAAUCCAUGUCGUGCCUCCGAGCGGCAGAGGCACGGCGACAAAGAUUUAAGCAUCUGUAGUUGCCUUCACCUGUCAGCUCAGAUGUUACCCGUGGUAGGCACAUUCGUUUGGCUAGCGCUCUGGAGCGGGGAAUAACUUGCGGAUAAACGAGAAAUUUAAACAGCUGCCUAGGAAUUAAAUGGCUGCAUUUAGGAGAGAGUAGAGUAUUCCCUGCAUAGCUGUCGGUGCCGAACUGAGACGUGAUGGCAGAGAUCCCCGUUGCCGCUUGAACCUUGCGCUGUUUUUCUGCCCUCGGGAAGUUGUCGCUGGCCCAGCGGAAGUUGCAAUUUCUGAGCAGUUUUGUCCGGAAGACUGUGCUCAGGUUAUGACGACUAAUCCCAAACCGAACAAGGCAUUAAAGGUAAAGGAGGAGUCAGGAGAGAAUGCCCCGGUGCUGAGUGAUGAUGAACUCGUGUCAAUGUCCGUACGGGAGCUGAACCAGCACCUGAGGGGUCUCACCAAAGAGGAGGUCAUCCGUCUGAAGCAGCGGAGGCGCACGCUGAAGAACCGGGGCUACGCUGCCAGCUGCCGCAUCAAGCGUGUGACUCAGAAAGAGGAGCUCGAGAGGCAGCGGGUUGAGCUGCAGCAAGAGGUGGAGAAGCUGGCCAGAGAAAACAGCAGCAUGAAGCUAGAGCUGGAUGCCUUGCGCUCCAAGUACGAAGCACUCCAGACCUUUGCUCGUACUGUGGCGCGAGGGCCUAUUACCCCGACCAAAGUUGCCACCACCAGUGUCAUCACCAUCGUGAAAUCAGCCGAAAUCUCAUCCAGUUCUGUGCCGUUUUCAGCAGCGUCCUAGUGCCCUCGGUGGGGGGAACUAGCAGCCUUUCAGAGGGGAGGGGAUAAGGCUCUUAUGCAUUGUUCCGGAGUCCUUGGUCACGUCAAGAAUUGGCAUUUUAAGAAGUCUCUUCCAAAAGUGCAAAAAACAGAAGAAAAAAAAAAAAGAAAAUAGAAAAACAAACAAACCCAAAGGGUUCCUACAAAGGGAACUUAACUGGCUGCUUCUGUCUGGACUCAGUGGCUCCAUCAACCUCUCGUGUCCAGGAUUUGAGCUCUGUAUGCAGUACAAAUUGCAAGAUCUGCUUCCUCCUUCCCCCCCGCCUCCACAAACCCCUCUCAGCUGUGGGCAGCUUUCCAGCUGGGAGAAGAUACCUGAGGAGCCUCCGGAGUCUUCGUGAAUGAUGCUCAAGAGCCAGGAAACAGAUGGACCGUAGAAAUCAUCAUGUGAGAUGAAUGUAUGGGAAAAAGAGUUUCCUUCAGUGGCCUCCUACUCCUUGUAAGAAGGGUCUCCCCUACCUUUCCCACUUCCAUCUGAUACUAUUAACGAGGGCAGGAAUAUAGGCUUUUUGGAUUUGAUUUCAUCCUGCUAAGAGUGGAUGGGAGUGGGAGGAUGAUGGAGAUAAAUGCUUGGGUCUGACCACACCCAUUAAGAAUAACCUUUUGUUUUCAAUCCAUGCUGUUAAAAUAUGGAAAAAUAUAUAUUUUACAUAUUUUAAUAUGCCCCAUUACCUGUGUGGCCUGUAAAAAAACUACAUUGCAGCCUCCUUUAUUCCAAGCCCAAGUUCCCCAAUAGCUCCUUCCCAAAGGUGUGCCUGUGAAUUGGUUAUAUUUAUGCAGUUUAUUUCUUCCAAAUGAUCCACAGUCUUGAAGUAGCAGCUUUCAUUUCCUGGAUUACCUGAAGCUGAAGGGAGGGAGGCACAGUAAAUACUGUGAAGAGCAGUGUGAUGGGGAGGAGAAGGGGAGAUGAGGAGGAAAAAUGCUGCAUGUAUUACUGGUGGAGGCAGAAUUGGCUGUGAGAGAAGGUGGGACAGUUCUGCUGGGAUCAGCACUAUGAGAAGGGGUUUGUGCAGAGAAUUUUGGAAGGAUGUUUUUAAAGCACUGAAGUGUAACUAGAGGGCAAUAGCAUUCAGCCAGGAGGAGAGACGUUUAGAGUCUCCUCUUUGACAAAAGCAUUGGUAGGUUAGCAAUGAGCAUCCUUAGCUGGGGAGCUGCGCUCGCCAGUCCUUGGUGAUCAGAGGAGGGCUAUGGGGAGGUCAGAUGGGAGCUUGGAAGAGUCUUUCCCUCUCCAUAGCACAUCAGAUGCUGAAUUUGGGAUCCAAAGAGUACAGUGAACAACCCUCAGUGUUCAGACAACCUGUGUGAAUGUGACCCUGAAACUUGAUGCUUUCUCUUGCAAAGGGGUGAGUUAUCCCGAGAGGCACACGGAGGGCAGGAUGGAAAAUCAGUGCGUGUGUAGGGGACAGAAGAAUUGGGAUUGAGAAGUCGUUUGUUUGGCUCUGAGCAGUGGUUUGGGAGAGGGAUUUCUGGCUUGGCAGUGGGCAGGAUUUGGGAAGCUGAAAGGAGAGAUUCUGCUGUCUCACAGCAGUGAUGAAAUGUUGAAUGUUUCCAGGUCACUGUAAAAAAAAAAAAAAUAGCUAUGUUGGUGUUCGUGUGUUUUCUUGUUGUUUUUUUUCUUCUUGAAGUAGGAAAGAAAAGGGACUGUGAGUUUUGUAGGGCAGGUCAGAGACUUGUGGAAUGGACGAUGCCUGUUGUCAUGCAGGUGAGAAGAGAAUGAGAUUGCUGAGGUUUAAGAUGAGGAGAAGAGCUUAGAGAACUUGGGCUCCAGAACAGAAAACAAAGAUCACGGAGAAUUCAUAAGUGGUUUGGACUGAAAGAGAAUAAUCAAGUGCUACCGUUGUUGGAAAGAGGACAGUGAACUGGCAUCUGACACCCAGUAUAAUUUGUUGUUUGAGGCUUUGUCUUGCCUUGAAUGGCAGUAAGUUGGUAGACAUUCAGUGAAGCCCUACUUGUCUUUGGAAGAAGUUGUUAGCUUGCUUUUUCUUUUUUUUUUUUUUCACCUUGUCAUCGGAGUCUCUGGAUUUCCCAGGAGGAUCCUUUGUGAAAUAGGUUAAUGAAAAGAGAAACCUCAGACUUGGUUCUCAUUCAGUCCCCAACAUCGACAUCCGUGACCUUACUGAGCCAGAAAGGGUGUCAGUGAAAUGCUUCCUGAAGGCUCGUUCCCCCUGCCAGAUCCAUGUGUUUUGGAGGGGAGCAGGGAGUUUCCUUCAAGUGAUUUUCCAACAUGUAGAGUUUGGAUGACACUUAGUGUUACCUCAUUUCUCCUCCAUUCCCUCCCUAUCUCCAAACAGGCAGAUCGAUGUCCUGUGUAUCAGUUAUUGACUCCCACAGCAGAAGCUGAGGAAGAGAAAGAUGUUACGGUCAUUUCCUGGUCCUCUCAUGUUCUCCAGCUCACAGACAUUGGACACUUUCCCAGACCUUACAGGUGCCUCCAAAAACAGGCAAAAUGGAGACUCCUGGCACUGUUGGGGCUUUAAAUGAAAACUUUAAUGAAAAAGGCCAGUUGACUUGAAAAUGCCCAAAUGCUUCCAGUCUUUAAAACAGCUCCAGAGCUCCAUAACAUUCCUGGCUAGAUAGGAACACCCUCUGGCUGCCCUUGACACCCCUCCGGGGAAAUCAGACCUGUCUCACCAAAGGGGACGGAGGUCGAACUUUGUUCCGUGGGGUCUUCUUGCUGUUGGAAUGAGUUGAGAAACAUAUCUUUAUGUGGCACUUCCCUUGUGGCCAAGUAUUUCUUUUUUUUCCAGUUCUUGGAAGGGUGCCAAAGGCUUGUCCUAGUGAUUGCUAGUUUGGUGCUGGUAGGCACUUAAAUCUCUGGUCACUCAAUAAAGAACAAGAGGCCUGGGUGUUGUUAAAGCUGUUGAUACCAUAGCCAUGGUAGGUAAUCCAUAUUGGAUAUCCAUAAGGACCACGUGGAAAUAUUUAAAGAGAGAGAAAUAUAUAUAUAAAUAUAUAAUUAUAUACAUUUUAUCGUACAGAUUUUUCGUAAAAAAGAAAAAAAAUAAUUUUUUUUCCAAGUUUGAUACUGUAAAUCUUUAUUAAAAGAAAUUGCCAGUCCAGGGCUCCCUGGGUGGUGACCUGGAGGGGAAUGAAAUGUCCUGGCUAAACUUCCACAGAGGGAUCAGAAUUGCAAGGUAACGUGGAGGGAGGAAUGACCCGAAAGCUGUUGAUCGCGUUGGAGACCCAGCUCCUCCACCCUCCUCCCUGGAGGGCCCUCCAGCUUGGGGUUGUCGCGUUGCAUUCCUCUGGGGUUCGGUUCGUUUCUGUUGUGUUUUAUUUUUUUUUUGUUCGUUUUGUUUUGUUUGUUUGUUGGUUUUUUUUUUUUUUUCUCUCCGUCCUGCACUUGCCAGCCUGACACCCAGGGCGAGCGCGGCGUGGGGAGCCGGCGGCGUGGGACGCGUGCCCGCGGCCGCACCUCCCGCACGUCUCUUUGCUCCAGUACUUUGGAUGCCGGGGCUCCCUUCUCUGCUCCUCUUAGCUUGUCCCCCCGACCCCGCUGAGGCACGGGGGCUGUUGCUGGGAUCCCUCUCCCCUGGGCCUGGCCUUUCUUUGGUUGCUCCCCAUCCGCAGCGUGACGUGGGAAGCGAGGGCUGGGCGGGAGGCAGGAGAAGACGAAAGCGUCGUCGCGCAGGGACCGGGAAGGGACACCUCUGUUCUCGUAGACGUGUUUGCUGUGCUCUCUGUCGGGAGUGGGGAACCUUUCCCUCCAGGGCAGCUCCAGAUCGCUUUGAAACAAGGCAGAGUCUCUGCUCUCGCCCAACCCUACCGUCUGCUGGGAGGAGACCGCAAAGUGCAGAGACCUGGGUGCCACGGCAGCUCCGGGACGGCGGGGAGGGACGAGGCUCUGGCACUGGGCUGGGGCGGAGGCGAGCUGUGCCACAGCGGUCAGGCCACGGGAUGGCUCAGACCCGGGGAGGAGGAGAAGGUGGCAGUUUUUUCUCUCUCGAAUCAUUUAAACUUCAUUGUCAUGAUUGUUUUUAUUUAAAAAAAAAAAAAAAAAAAAGGAAAAAAAGAAAAAAAAUGGGGAAAAAAAAAAAAGGAGAAAAAAAAAAAAGAAACAAAACACAACCGAAAAACUUUUGUAAUGUGGAUUUGUUUUCCUUCGUCUGUAUUUCAGUCUGCUGGGGUGUUUCUGUAGAUGGUGGAUACUUGCUUUCAUUUUUUUAAUGAUAGAAGUCUUCUGUUUUAAGUUGUUUUUUAUCACCAGCUCAUUCUAUCCUCUGUGGUUACUCAGUAAUUUCAUUUCAAUAUUUAUUUUUGUGCUGCUUUUUUAUUAUAAAAUAAAUUAUUGAUAUACCAAGCAAUGUGGAUUCCUGUUUGUAAGGCGAAUAGCCCUGUGUAUGUGUCCAUUACUUCUCUUGACAGCCACAACGUAAUUUAUUGCUGUAAAUUUAGCUGCAGUGACUGGUUUUUUUGUACCUUUCCAAUAAAGCAUUUUCUGGUUUCAGA